CAGAAACAGUUGACACCAUUCAUUCCCAUCAUCUAUUUCGUUAUAAACCCACUGCAUUCAUUAUGGCGCAAUGUGAAGAAACUCCGUCCCCGAUGCCCGUCUGGUACGUGCCAAAUGCGACCGAGGACAAUGUAGCGCCGGAAAUCCGCGAGGUCCUCGUAGGCUACAGCGGCGUUCCGCGGGACCAAGUUCUCAACCACGUCGUGAAAAUACGUGAUGAAGCUUGGAAAGUCUAUCCAUACCCAUGUAUCGGUCAAUUUCGAUUUGUCGAUCGUAGCUUCACAAAGCCAUCCAAAGAGUUCGAUGAAAUCAUACAACGCGUGCGCAACGGCGAAAAGUUGCUAGACAUGGCUUGUUGCUUCGGCCAUACAAUACGUGAGCUUGUGCAUGCCGGUGCGCCAGCCGAGAAUAUCUUCGGUUGCGACCUCCAAGCCGACUUCAUCGAAUUGGGAUACAAGCUUUUCCAGGAUCGGGACAAACUUGCAACCAAGUUCAUCACGGCAGAUAUUUUUGAUCCUGAUUCCGCGCUUGCAGAGUACAAGGGGUAUUUCGAUAUUAUCCAUGCGGGCAAGUUCUUCCAUCUAUGGGGCUACGAAACACAGCUCGUAGUCUCCAAAGCUGUUUUUGAAUUGCUGCGACCCCAGCCAGGUUCGAUGAUUGUUGGUGCCCAGAUCGGAGACCUCGAGGCUAGGGAAGGACCCUCGCCAGUAGGGACGAUGUUUCGGCAUAGCCCAGAGAGCUUCAGGGAGAUGUGGGAGAAGAUAGGAAAGGAAUUAGGUGUCAAAUUCACCGUCGAGACCCGGAUGACAACACUCCCCGAGGGGCAUUUCAGGUUCUCAGAUCAUACCAGGAUGCUUUGGUUCACCGUCCGCCGCGAGUAGCUCUGCUGUAUUCCAGAGCCUGUCCCGUUGUCCAGACGUGUACUGUGUACUUGGCGGCUAAGCGCCGGGCUGCAGGGGCCUACUUACUUGUGGGUCUUUUCGAAUCGUCUGGACUACAGAUCGGCCAAGAUGAAGAGACAAUUUCCGGAAGUGAUUGCACUGGCUUCAGCUGUAUCUGGAACAAAAAACAAAUCGUCGCUGUUUUUGUCGUAGUGCACCUGCAUCUGCAUUUUGCCGGAACCGGGAUCUGUAGGGAUAAUGUACCUGUUCACGGCAACGCCAGCCGCUUUCUAGUAUAUGCAUAUUUCCCCAA